AUGCCAUCCGAGCAAUCCCGUGAAGCAAGACAGCACACUCUCUCGGUUUGUUUGCAGUGUGACCUGUGCCAUUCUCGCAAGGUCCGGUGCGAUAGACAAGAUCCAUGUGGGAAUUGCCAGGAUGCAGGAGUCUCGUGUUGCCGUGGUCGAGAUGUGAAACGUCAACAUACGACUACUCGCCGUCAAAGACGCAAAACCCCUGUGUCUCGACUUCAGGCCAUCCCGGAUGAAGUAUUUGAAGCAGAACUCACAACAUCGGAAAAUCAGAGUCAGGCUGAAAUGCCUUCGGUCGCCUGCUCCAUUUCCUGCGCUGAUACAGCAGAAAUUCACAGUCCUGUGGCUGGCGUCACGUAUGACCCAAUUCAUGAUGCUCAGCUAACUAUACAGCGUCAACUGAGACAUCUUCAAAAUCUUACUUUGGAUAGACGCAGGGUCCUUGAGUCAGCCUUGAAUGUCAUAGGCCUACUGUCUGGAAACUCCAGAGACCUGGUCCAAGGCACCCAAAGCAUUGCCAAUGUUGAGAGUACAUCAAAAUAUCCAUCUCUCGAGUUUCUAACUUGGAUGUUAAAAGACAUCCAUUCUGAUAGAUUUGGACCGUUUGUCACGGAUUAUUUCCGACAUCUAUCACUCCCAAAACUGAAGCAGAUGGGACUAUCACUUCUUCGCGGCGAAUCAUCGCCUCUUGAUACCAUCAUUUACACGAUUUGUGUCAAUGCUGCGGCUUAUAAAUUUCUCACUACCACAAUCAAUCUUGAAACUGACACCGACCUUGCCUUUGAGCUAAGGAGAAAUGCUGAGGAGUAUCGAUCAGCAGCCCAAGCUGCAUUGAAGCAGAUUCCUCUAUUGAUAUCACCCUCGCUCAGUCUUCUUCAGGCAAUUCUCUGUGGUGUAUUUCUUCAUCAAGGGUCUGGAGAUGUCAAUACAAGCGGCAAUCUGACCAAAGCUGCCUGCAAAACAUGCAUUGACUUGGAUCUACACACUACCGCCUUGAAAGGAGAAGCUACAGAAGAAGAACUCUUCUGUUUCUUAUGGUGCUACACCUUGGAUAGGAAUCACGCAUUCAAAGUACGAAGUUCCCGAUGUCUCCUCGACCUGCGGCUGCCGUCCAAUUUCUACGAGUUAUAUUCACAUUACCCCCUCAUCUCCGAACUCCUGUUGGUCUACUUGGAUCUUGCUAGGGUGCAGGACGCAGUUGUGUCAUAUCCAAAUCGUUCAUUGACUGUGAGUCAACCUAUCAACCCUCUUCUCACAGGAGAGAGCAUGCUUCGGACAAUGCAAUCAAUACAAGCACGAAUGCACCUGAUGGCUUCAUCAUCCCCAAAUUGGAGAGGAUUGGACUGUCAAACCGAAAUGUCAGCCCUCAAAUUCGCCUAUCAAUCAAUAAUGACCGCAAUUCUUUACCUUGUGCAAGCGGAUCACGGUCUGCCUCUUCGUUCAUCAGAAAGCUAUCUUCACUCUGCCCGUCAGGAACUGUUAGCACUCGUAUCGAUGUGCUACACAGCAGAGAAACAAGCCGCAGUCAGCUUUUUAAACUGGACGAUCCUCCUCUACCCAGCAACAGCGUACCUAGUUCUUUUCUGCAAUGUGGUCGCAACAUCGGACAUCGGCGAUUUCAAUCUGAUGAAAGCUAUCGCGGACUGUCUCACACAAAGCGGAAUCAGUUAUCCCCUUGUGCAACUACGCAAUCUAUUCCAGAAAUUCCUUGGUCUUUCACAAGAGUUUUUCGGCGAAGACCGUACCGCACUGCAGAAUACUCGCCCAGAUCGUCCAGCGGAUAACCCUGUGGCUUUCCCCGUUGGCAGUCCAUUUUCGCUACCAUGGGGAACCAGUGACCCGGUCUUCAACCCUUAUAUGUUCACUGCAGGAGAAAGUUAUACUGACAUGCUGGGCAUGUCAGAAAGUGACUUUUUUCUGCCCUACGGGGGCUCGGACUUUUGA